UCUAUUCAAAGGAGGAUCAUCAAUCGGGGACCAUACUGACGAGGAUUUUUUUGGGCUGAAUUUCCUAACCUAUCCUGUGUAUUUUUACAUAUUUGACCAACCCACUCCGCUGUACCUCCACACCAUGGCGAGCUCAGGAGUGCAACUUCUCGGUUUUCUGCUCUGCCUGAUCGGUCUCGCCGCCACUAUCGCAGCCACUUACAUGGUUGAAUGGAAAAAGCACCACGAGGGCAACCACGGCACACAUCAGACCUAUGAGGGCUUGUGGAUGACCUGCAGCGGGCAAAGCGAAAGGAUGACCUGCGAGCUGCACGAGUCUCUCCUCAAACUGCCAGCUGAGAUCCAGGUCACCAGGGCAGUGAUGCUGCUCAGCAUCUUCCUGUCCAGCGUGGCUCUGAUGGUGGCCACAGUGGGAAUGAAGUGCACCCGCUUCCUGGAAACCAAGGAGCAGAGCAAAAGUAUAGCCGCCAUGGCUGCUGGGAUCAUGUUCAUGAUUUCAGGUAUUUUGACCCUCGCCAUAACCUCCUGGUAUGUCAGAAAGAUCGUUCAGUCCUUCUAUGGAUCCCAUCACCUGAGCAGGCAUGAGUUUGGCAGUGCAGUGUUUGUGAGCUGGGCCGGUGCCAUCCUCACCCUGACCGGAGGAGUUUUCCUGAGCUGUCGGAGGUGCUCGAGGCGUGGCUCGUCCAUGACCGUCCCCCAGCUCCACGCUGCCCAGGGGGCCAACUAUGUGUAGCGAGGAGGGCAGGGGAGAGACGCCAGGAGAGGCCUCGAUACAGCCAAUCCAGAGCCACGGUUCUGCACAGCGAUGCGGGUUGUGUCACUGCUGGUGUUUCAGGGGUAAAGAAACUUCCCACUGUGGGACUACAAGCCGCCAUCACCAGGAUCACACACUCUGGGACUGUGUGUAACGGCUUUAAAUCUUAUUUAUUAGCUUGUUUAUGGAGUUCAUCUGCUAUGGCAAAGCAUUUGUGCAGCAGCAUCUGAUACCACGACAUGUUUCGUUUCCACUUAAAGGAAAUCACUCAAGGAUCUGAUUUUUAUAUUUGUUCAGUUUACACAUUAGACUUUGGCAGUCUGUUUGUACUAACUGACAAUCAGUGUUAGGAGAUAAAAUUAGGGACACACUCUUUAAUAAUAAUAAUAAUAGUAAUUUAUAACUGUCACACUGCAGGAUUCCAGUAUUUUUAUUUUGUAUUUUAUACUGUAAGUACUUACUUCUACUAUGCCCUUUACAUCGCCUUUUAUGUUUUUGUACAUUUUCACACUGUGAUAUAUUUUGUUUAUGCAGCAGAUGUUCUUUUAAUUAUGUGACUCUAAUGUAUUUUGUAAUUGU